AUGGACUCGAGCCACUACGUCGCGGCCCCACCCACGCCCAACACGGGCCCGCGGGCCGACGCCAAGCGCCCCGGCACGCUGCGCCUGGCCGAGCGAUACGCGCAAGAGCCGCCGUUCCGCUGCCGAGCCAACCCGCUGCAGCGCGCGUCGCUGCUGUCGGUCAUCUCGGCCCACUGGCUGCAGCCGCUCGUGUCGCUCGGGGCCCAGAAGGUGCUCGGGAAGGAGGACAUUUGGGCCGUUGCCCCCGAAGACUCGUGCCAGGAGCUGCACGACCGCUUCCGCCCUCACUACGCGCCGCACAAGACGGAGCUGCUCAACCUGCCGCACGUGGCCAUGGGCUUCCUCAGAGCCUUCCGCCGAGAGAUCGCGACCAUCAUCGGCAACUACUGCGUCUACAUGACGGCCAUGGUGCUGCAACCCUUCAUCGCCAAGGCCAUCCUGCAGUACCUGGAGGACCAGUCGAACCUCUUCCACAUCGACAAUGGCUACGUCUUGGUGGCGCUCAUGGUGGGCGUCUCCUUCGUGGGCAUCACGUGCCUCAACUACGGCUUCUUCCUCUCCUCGCGCGUGGGCGCCAACAUGCGCGCCAUCGCCAUGGACACCGUGUAUCGCAAGGCGCUCCACCUGUCGUGCACUGCGCGCCAGGCCUACACGACGGGGGAGAUCACCACGCUGAUGAGCGUCGACUCGGAGCGCAUUUUCUUUGCGGUCAUCAACGGCCCGUGGAUUCUCGUUGCGCCGCUCUCGUUCAUCGUCACGAUCGUCCUCAUCGGCGUCAUGUUUGACGGCGUCUCGGCCGUCUGUGGGGCUGCGCUACUCGUGAUCGUGCUGUACACGUCGCUGCAGCUGGCUGAGCACAUCGGCGCCGUCCAGAAGGAGCUGCUCCAAGUCGCAGAGGAGCGCGUGAAGGUUACGUCCGAGGCGCUGCAGGGCAUUCGCGUAAUGAAGUUCUACGCCUGGGAGGAGUCGCUGGCCACGCGCGUCGAGAGGAUCCGAGCGGCGGAGAUUAAAUUCUACCGCAAGUUCCACUACCUGCAGAUCACCAACACCAUCCUGCUCUUCCUCACGCCGGUGUUUCUUGGAGGUCUGGUCAUGGGGAUCUACGUGGGGCUGAACGGCACUGUGACUGUCACGGAUGCGUACACCAUUAUCAACGUCGUGAACAUCACGCGGUUGGCAGUCAACAUGUUCCCCCUCGCCGUCGCCUCGCUCUCCCAAGCUUCAGUCACGUAUCGACGCAUGGACGCAUAUCUGGGCUGCGAUGAAGUCAAGGGUUCCAGUGCUCACGAUUCCAAGGCCUCAACGAACUGGGAGGCUUCGGCCGAAGCUGGCACGAUCUCAGUUCGCAACGCGCACUUCACGUGGUCUCCGAAGUCUGCAAGACCCGACGUUGUCGUGGUCAGUCCUGCCAACAGUGACGUGGCUGGCGACGAGCAAACUCUUGUGCCGCCGCUGCACGAAUUUUCACUUGAAGGGGUGAACCUCGCGAUCGACUCCGGGUCUCUUGUCAUGAUCGUGGGAACCGUAGGAGCUGGCAAGUCGAGUCUGCUCAGUGCUCUCCUGGGAGAAAUGAUCUUGGUCGACGGCGCUGUCGACGUCAGUGGGGGUCUGUCGUACGUGAUCCAGGAAGCUUGGAUCCGCAAUGCGACCGUGAAGGACAACAUCCUGUUCGAGGAGGAGUUUGACGCUGGCAAGUAUGCGGCGGUGCUCGAGGCGACUCAGUUGGCGCUGGAUCUCCACGCGCUGCCGGACGGUGAUCAGACUGAAAUCGGCGAGCGAGGCAUCAACCUGAGCGGCGGCCAGAAGGCGCGCGUUGCCAUCGCCAGAGCUGUCUACCACUCGAGCUAUGACAUCUUAAUUCUCGACGAUCCGCUGAGUGCUGUGGACCCGCACGUCGCCCACGCCAUUUUCAAUCGCUGCAUCAUGGGCCUUGCAAGGGAGAAGACCCGCUUGUUGGUGCUCAAUAGCCACUACGACCUUCUCAAGCACGCCGACAAGAUUGUAGUGGUCCAAGAUGGCCGCAUCGCUGGGGACGGGACUUACGCCGACAUUUUGGCUCAAUUUCCAGAGCUGCACAGCAUUGGCGAGACGUUGGACAAACUGGAGCAGGACGUGAUUGACGAGCACAACGACGAGGAAGAGGCGGAAAUGGUGAGGUUAUCUGCAUCCACGGCAACUGCAGUAGCUGUGAAGAAGGAGCAGCCUCUGGUCCCCGAACAGAGCAAGCCUGGAGGAAACUCCACCGGACUGAUCAGUAGCGAAGAUCGCGUCAAGGGGCGAGUGAGCGGCCAAACGUACAAGUCGUACUUCGACGAGACCGGGUUCAACGGAGUCCUCGUGGUGCUCACGAUUAUCGCGGCGUAUUUUGCUGGACAGGGGAUGCGAGUUGUGGUCGACUGGUGGCAAGGUCAUUGGGCCAAGGAGAUGGAGAACGAGGCGUCCGACUCGAGCUACUCGGAGCUGGCGUAUGGGCUCUGGUACUUUGGCUUCAUCGUGGUAUGCGCGCUGGUGACGAUCGGCCGUGGUCUUCUGAUGAUGGAAUCCUGCAUUCGCAGCUCCAAGAACUUGCACAACGAACUUUUCCGUCGCGUGCUGAGUGCUCCAGUGAAUCUUUACUUCGACGUCACUCCGGUCGGGCGAAUUCUGAACCGGUUCUCCAACGACCUCGACCAAAUGGACUCGGUCUUGCCCCAGCACUACCAGUCGCUUUUCCAGAGUCUUGGAGUGUUCGUCGGAUGCUUGAUUGUGUGUGCUCUGGCUUCGUUCUGGGUCGGGGUUUCGUAUCUGCCCAUGCUCGUGAUCUUCGUCGUCACGGGCGUGUACUUCAAGCAAACGUCUCGAGAAGUAAAGCGCCUGGAAGGGGUCACGCGCUCGCCCGUCUUCAAUCUGUUCGGAGAGACCCUCAACGGGCUGCACACGAUCCGCGCCUUCAGGAUGCAGCACAAGUUCGUGGAGCUCAACAAAGCGGCAGUGGACGACAACACUUCCUUCUACUUCACGUACUGGGCUGCUGGUCGCUGGCUCGCGAUUCGCCUCGACUGGUUGUCCGUGGUUGUCAUCUUCGUGGUGACCAUCUACCUCGUCACGUCCAAAGGCGAAACGGACUCGGUUGUCGCCGGCAUCUCGCUCUCGUACUCGCUGAUGCUGACGUCGAUGAUCCAGUGGGUGGUUCGAGCGGUUGACUUGACGGACAACGCCAUGACGAGCGUGGAGAGGCUUCUGCACUUCCGCAACAUCCCAGUCGAGAAGGACAGUGCCGACUGCCUUCCGAUCAACGGAGCGGCGUGGCCUGCGCGCGGUGCCAUCCGCUUCGACAACUUGUGUCUGAGGUAUCGCCCCGAUCUGCCGCUGGUGCUUCGAGGUGUCAGCAUGGAGAUUCAACCAGGAGAGAAGGUGGGCAUCUGCGGCCGUACUGGGGCCGGGAAGAGCUCGCUCAUGAUCGCGCUCUUCCGCAUCUGCGCCUUCGACAGCGGAUCCAUUGUCAUCGACGACAUGGACAUCGAGAAGGUGCGACUGCACGAUCUCCGCCGCGGCUUGGCCAUCAUCCCCCAAGACCCAGUGCUCUACAGCGGCACCCUGCGCGAUAACCUGGACCCGUUCGGCGACUACACUGAUGACGCGAUCUGGUCCGUACUGCAGCAAGUGCAUUUGGCGUCCACGGUCACGAAGUGGGGCACCGGUUUGAGCUUCGUCGUCUCUGAGAAGGGCGACAAUCUGUCGGUGGGGCAGCGGCAGCUUCUGUGCAUCGGCCGAGCGCUGCUGAAGGACAGCAGGAUCGUGGUGCUGGAUGAAGCGACUGCGAACGUGGACACAGCCACCGACCGCCUCAUUCAGUCAACGAUCCAGGAGACGUUCGCCGACAAGACGGUGCUGAUCAUCGCGCAUCGCAUCAACACCAUCCUGCACUGCAACAAGAUCGCCGUCAUGGAUGCUGGACGCGUGGCGGAAUUCGGAUCUCCUUCAGCGUUGUUGCAGCAGCCAGAGUCGAUCUUUGCGUCGCUUGCCAGUCGCUUGGGGCACACCUAA